AUGACUACUUGGCCAUUCCAAUUAAUUGAACUGCAAGAUUUAAAACCGAUGUACCUAAUCAAAAUAAAGUUAGAUGAAUUUGUUUGCUCAUACAAGGCCAGUAACCAUUACAAACAGGUAUAUCAGAAAUUCUUAUCCAAUGCACAAGAUAUAAAUUAAAUACAUAAAUAAUUAAACUAAUAAAAUUAAAGGUAUUUAAGCUAUUUUAAUAAAAACAAAUUUAUUUUAGUGGCAAAUACAAACUUAUUGGUUGUAGGUUACCAAUACCUAUACUUAUAUAAUUUACAAUAUUUGGAUGUAUUUUAUAUUCUAGUGAAAAAAAAAAUUUUAAAUGUGUUUAGUUAUUGUACUGCUAGAAACAUUUUUUUCUAUUAACUAUAUUUGUGGUUUUGUCAAACAUAAUUAAAUAUAGGUUGGUACCUAAUACAUUAAUAUUGGAAAUAUGUAAUUCAAAAUAUGAAAAAAUUACCAAUUGUUGAUUAAAAUGGAAAAGAUAAUGGUAAUUCACAUAUUAUAAACAUGAUUUAUAGGUUACUGUGUUGAUAUUUUCUAUGGUUUAGCUUGAAUUAGUGAGAGAUAUUCAAUGUUUAUUCUACAAAAAUGUACAAUUAUGUUGUUAAUUUAUUGAAAUUAAUUUCCAUAAUUUCUUAUGUUAUAGUUUAUAUUAUAUUCACAAUUUUUUAUGUUAACAAGAUAAAUAAUAAAUAAGUAAUGCAAAUUUAAAAAUUUGCUCAUGAGGUAUUGCAUUCAGAUUCGUUUCUUUUUAAAUUUAUAAGAGCGGUAAAGAUCCCCAAUUGGCCUAAUAACCCACACAUCUCUAGCUGAAGUAUUUAUUGGUAUAUUAACAUUCGCAUAUAUAUAUAUAUAUAUAUAUAUAUAUAAUAGUAUGUACUAUGUAUUUGUAAUGAACACAUGUAGAUUUCAUUAAAUUGUACUUAUUCUACUAAUAAAGUACAUGUUUAUUGGAGAAGACUAAUUUACUGACCAGACCAAACUGACCUGACCCGGACUCCUCAUUCUCUUUGAAACAAUCAACCAUAGUUACUUGGUCUUCCUUAAAGUACAUUGAAUAAAAUACCUAAACAUGAUUUUUUUAAAAUUUCUUUGAAAUUAAUUGAGUAGAAUUAUUGUACAUUUUUGUAUUUGCUAUAUAAUGCAUAUAAGUACUUUUUUUUUUAAAUUUAAUGUGUUCUAAGUUGAAUAAAUUAGUUAAUUUUAAUUAAUAUAAACUUGAGUUUAAGUAAAAAAAAAGCCAUAAUUUAGUAGGUAUGAGUUAGUUAAAAAAUAAUUAUUAUAUAAUCUAAUAAUUGUAGACAAAAGAUACCUAUAUAUUUACAUGUACAUAAUUUCAGUAAAAUAAAAAUAAUUAGGUAUAAUUAAAAAUUGAAAAUUUUAUCCAACCAAUAUUUAUUUAUUAUUAUUAAGCCCAGAGUACAAAAUGAAAGAUAAAAAAAAAAAAGGUACAGAUAAUAAAAUAUUUUAAAAUUGGUUUUAAUUAGAUAGCAGUGACUGAAUUAGGUAUAGGUGAUGGUUGGAAAGAGUAUUGGUUAGACGCAUUAAACAAUCAAGAGAAUGAUUUCGGCAAUCAUCCUGGGUAAUCAUGGAUAUCAUAAAUCAAUAUAUUCCUAGCUCCUUUCAGAAUUUUAAACACUUGUAAGCAGAAGAGUCCCAUCAUCAGGAAAUUAAUUUUUUUCCACCAAUUUUGUAUAAUUUGAAUUGCCCUCCCAUGAAUCAAAAUUUCAAAACUUUUUCAAUAUUAGAUAUGGCGUAUUGAAAAAAGUAGAUUUUGCAACGUCUUUAUUUUCACUCGUGUGAACACACAGUGUUCAGUAUGCUAUCUAUCCCCUUGUUUUCGUCAGUCAUUUUUUGUAGUUGCACGAUAGCGACUAAUCUUGAUAAAUUUUCGAGUUUGACCAUUCUCGAACUCGACUUGAGUACAAAUGAAUCGUUGUUGUGCAUCAGAUGUAAAGGUCAAGCCAUUUAUACAGGCUUGACAUUAUAUACAGUCGCUUGUCCGCGACUCGUCGUAAAGGUUAAUAAUUAAUUGAUAAAAUUGCGAAAUGUACAAAAGAACUUCUUAAAAGGUUAGGUUAAAUAUUACUUCCUAAAGUAACUACGCAGUAAGAUUUCCUUUCAAAAAAGUUCUAUACUUGUAAAUUGAAGCAAUACUUCUGGUAGAAAAGUUGUUUACAGAUAAAAAAAAAAUAAUAAUAAAAAACAUCAAUGUAAAACUAAUGGGGUUCGGAAAAAAAGCAACGGAAAUAAAAAAAAAAGGCGAAUGAAAAUAAAGCAAUAUAUUUAUUUUAUUAUAAUAUAAAGAGUAAUAUUAUUGAUUAGUACUACAUUUUAUAUAGUACCAUAUAAUAAGCACCAUAUUAUAAUACCAUUGGCUAUAUUGUUAUUAGAGAUCUGAUUUAUAUGCAAAAAAGUACCAGAAAAUAUCAAAAGCCUUGAAAAAAUUACUUAUAAAAUAUAUAAAAAUGCAAUUUUUUAAUUCUUAUUAAACUCUUAUAUUAUCCUCUUCUAUUUUUAUUUUAUUAGAAUAGAUUAUUCUCAUUUAUUAUUGAUGUUCAUAUUUCUCAAAACUAUUUGAGUGAAAUUUAUAAAUCAUUGAAUUAUCACUAUAAAUAUAGGUUAAAAUUAAUAAAUUAACAUUCACUGUUAUAAUAAUAUUUGAUAUUCACACAUCCUCAAAACUGAAUUGGGGUUUAAAAUAUAUAGAGUCAUCACUAAAUAUGUAUUGAGUACCUACCUAUACUAAACUAAUAUUAAGUUAAGGAUUAAGUUAAGUUAAUAUUAAGGAAAAAACUUUUUAAUACAGAUUAAAAAUAAUUCAACUAUUCAUAACAAAUUAGCUAGGACAUUGAUUAGAAUAUAGUCUACAAUUUCAAUUAGGGUUUUCAUGUUUUGUUUUUUUUUCAAUUUCUAUUAAACAUGAGAUAUGCAAUCAUCACACUGAACCAUCUUAUUAUCAUUAUUAGCUUUAUAUUUAUAAUUCUUGUAAGAUUGUGCAAUAACUGUUAGGAUUGAAAACAUUAAUUAUUCUUUUAUUACUUAUUAAUUGGUAUGCAUAAUAUAAUAUAAAUACCCCACAAUUGAAUCUAUUAUUUAAAUAUGGUAUCAGGAUAAACAAAUCAUUCCACUUAUAAAAAUUGCUUAAUUUUUGAUGAUUGACCACAAUAAAGAAUGUGACGUGUGAUAUUUAGAUGAGGAAUUCAACAAAGGGGGUACUGAUAUUACACAUUGACCUUACUAAUAUCAAUACUAAUGAAGAUGUACUAUAUUAUAUGUAAACUAGGUCUUAAAGAAAGGUAAUUUGAAAUAUUUUAAAUUUGUAUGAUCUUAUUUAAUUUCAAAGAGUUAUUCUAAUGUUUUGUUUUGUUGAAUUUUUACAGGUUUUUCAAGAAGUCAAAUGUGGUGAUAAUAAUAUUAUAAUUUGGGUAAUUGAGGAAGAUGUAGUUUGUCGCCACUUUAUAAGCCCAAAUUAAUGAAACUAGAUCCAAAGAUUUAGUUCCAUUAAUUUGGGCAUUUCUUAAAGUCCUUAAUGAAACAUUUUGCAAAGUUUUCCUCAUUAUUAAGAUCGAGAUUAUCGGACUGUCAACCAGAUAUUAGUAUCGUGGUGUGCCAUGCAACUAUGUAAAUCAAUUUUUCAUUAAAUCAUUUCUUACAAAACUCAUCUUUAUAAACAAUGUUCAUAAUACAGCAAAAUGUUACUAUUAAUCUUUAAAUAUGUAUAAAUUGUUUAAGACUUACACUGUAGAAAAUGGGUACAAGACAAUGGCCACAAGCCUGAAUCAUCAUUUUUCACCAAUAUUCCAGGAAGUGAUUGGGUCCAGGUCGUGGUGGACGAGGAUUAUAUAUAUUCACACCAUAAGUCAUUGUGA